AUGCGUUUCUCAACCAUCACCGUCUCUGUACUCGCCGCCGGCCUGGCCGUCGCCUCCCCGAACUCCAUCGCCAAGCGCGAAAGCCAGGAGAUGACCAACGUCAUUGCGUUCGCUGCCCAGCAAGCCGACUGCAGUCUCUUUGACUGCGCUGCUGUAGUCGCUGCUGGCGCCUGUAUUGCUGGAGCACUCGCAGUUCCAGGUGCCGUUCCCGCAGUUCUGGCUUGUGUUGGUGGUGGUGCUCCUUCGAUCUGCCCCUGCGCCGGAUGCAUUGACGCCCUCAAUAACUUCCUGGUCGAAAACAACGUCUGCCCCGAAUAA